ACCGCUGCCGAGAAUCCGAGGAGAGGGAGAUGUCAGAGGCUGAGCUGCUCCCUCCCUUCAGUAGCAUUAGUGGGGUUCAGCAGCCAGCAUGGCCACAGCUGCCUCCAGCCCCUACACCCUGCUCAGCUCCAGCCCCAUGAUCCACCCGGACAGCCAGGCCAUGCAGCCUGCGAGCCCCUACAGAGGACACCAGAAACUCCUCCAGAGCGACUACCUGCAGAGCGUCCAGAGCAACGGACACCCCCUCGGGCACCAGUGGGCGAGCAGCCUGUCGGAGGGCAGCCCCUGGUCGGCCUCCAUGGAGCAGCAGGACGUGAAACCGGGCCGAGAGGACCUGCAGCUCGGCAUCAUCCAUCACCGCUCUCCGCACGUCGCACAUCACUCCCCUCAUCACAACAACCAUGGCAACCACCCGGGAGCGUGGGGCACCCCGGUGUCCCACAACUCCUCCAUCAGCAGCGGGCAGCAGAUCAACAUCUACUCCCAGACGGGCUUCACUGUCAACGGCAUGCUGGACCACGGGGGGCUCACACCUCCGCCCAACCCGCAGGGCCAAGGCAUGCACCCGGGCCUCAGGGACACGCUCAGCCCCGAGCACAGCGAGCUCGGCGGGCACCACUGCCACGACCACUCCGACGAGGAGACGCCGACUUCGGACGAGCUGGAGCACUUUGCCAAGCAGUUCAAGCAGAGGAGGAUCAAGCUGGGCUUUACGCAGGCGGACGUGGGUUUGGCGCUGGGCACGUUGUACGGUAACGUCUUUUCCCAAACGACCAUCUGCAGGUUCGAGGCUCUGCAGCUGAGCUUUAAAAACAUGUGCAAACUAAAGCCGCUGCUGAACAAGUGGCUGGAGGAGGCGGACUCGUCCACAGGCAGCUCGAGCAGUAUAGACAAGAUAGCAGCUCAGGGGAGGAAGAGGAAGAAGAGGACGUCCAUCGAGGUCAGCGUGAAGGGAGUUCUGGAGACGCACUUCCUCAAGUGCCCCAAACCCUCCGCGCAGGAGAUCACCUCGCUGGCGGACUCGCUGCAGCUGGAGAAGGAGGUCGUGCGCGUCUGGUUCUGCAACCGGAGGCAGAAGGAGAAGCGCAUGACGCCGCCCGGGGAGCCGCCGCCGCACGAGGGACCUUACUCACACGGCGGGAGCGCAGGAGACGCGUCGUCGUGUCACGAUCUCUGACCGCAGCGCCGGGAGGAAUCCCGACCCUUCGACCCCCGACCCUCCCCGACUCCCCCUUCCCCCGGCACAGACUCUCCAAGCGCGGGGACGCACGGCGGUGGCGCGCUCCUCCCCGGCGCCGCCGCGCCUCGUCCCGGUCCGGACUCCUUCAGACGCCUCCAGCACUGAAACAAUAACAAUAACAAGAGAUACCUGCUCCAGCCUUCGUCAUUUUCUAACCUGUCCAUGAGGGCAUUAAGACUCUGCAGCGGCCCGUGUCAGACCACCUUCGGAGCGCGUCACUUUGAUUUUUCUACAUCACGGAUAUAAAUACAAAAUGUGCCUAUAAUAACCUGCCAGCGCCUUUGGUUUGUGUCACCACUUCACAUCAGCUCUACAAUAACCGAGAGGGGGACUGAUGCUUUUUCUUUUUGUUUUUUGGGGGGGAUU